CAAUUCUUCUUCGGACGGUGUUGAUAUGCAUUUGCAGAGUGCAUGCCAUGUAUACAGCAAAAUUAAGACAGUACCGUGUGGUUACAGUCAGGCAACUGGUGAAGUUACUAAUGGCACUCCCAUCACAAUCUGGCCACCAAUUUCUAUGAAGAAGAAUUGGAUUAAACGGGCCUCCUUGAAGCCCUGAAGGACUGGGAAUUUGACUGUGGACUAUCUGGAGCUAGUAGUACGUCGAAACAUCUCUAGUAAUAUGGCUUUGGUACGUAGCUAAAUAACACAGCCUGUUAGUGGGUGCGUGUGCUUGCACAGGUAGCUAGAUCUUGUUCUUCAAGCAUGUAUCGCAUAGCCAAUCUCCUCUUCAUCCUCAUCAUCAUACAAAGCACUUCGUUCUUCGCUAGUGGCGGCAGCUGUAUCCCGGCCGAGAGGGCUGCCUUGCUCUCCUUCAAGAAAGGCAUCACAAAUGACAGCGCCGACCUCCUCACCUCGUGGCAUGGCCAGGACUGCUGCUGGUGGAGAGGCAUCAUCUGCAACAACCAAACUGGCCAUGUCGUCGAGCUUCGCCUCCGCAAUCCUAAUUACAUGCAUGGAUAUCCAUGCGAUAGCAAUGGUUUGUUCGGCAAGAUAAGUCCCUCUCUUCUUUCCUUGAAGCAUCUAGAGCACCUGGACCUUAGCAUGAACUGCUUGCCAGGGAAAAAUGGCAGUUUUCCAGAGUUCUUGGGCUCAAUGGAGAACCUGCAAUAUCUUAACCUCUUCGGCAUACCCUUUAUAGGUCGAGUGCCUCCUCAAUUGGGUAACCUGUCCAAGUUGCAAUAUCUUUACCUCGGCAUGACUGCUGGUUACUCCAAGAUGUACUCGACGGACAUCACUUGGUUAACAAAGCUACCUUUGCUACAGAACCUUAGCAUGAGUACAGUACAGCUCUCAGGGAUAGAUAACUGGCCUCAUACUCUGAAUAUGAUUCCAUCUCUAAGGGUUAUCAGUCUUUCUGAAUGCUCACUUGAUAGUGCAAACCAAUCGCUUCUGUACUUUAAUCUCACAAAACUUGAGAAGGUUGAUCUCUCGUGGAAUAAUUUGCACCACUCAAUUGCAUCUAGUUGGUUUUGGAAAGCAAAGAGCCUGAAGUACCUCUAUCUUAUGGGCAACAGUCUAUUUGGACAGUUCCCUGAAACACUAGGAAACAUGACGUUCCUCCAAGUCCUUGAUAUUUCAAUGAAUUCUAACAAGGACAUGAUGAUGGCAAGAAACCUGAAGAAUCUUUGCAGCUUGGAAAUCCUUGACCUCUCUCGCAAUUGGAUAAAUAGAGAUAUAGCAGUGUUCAUGGAGAGGUUGCCGCAAUGCGCACGGAAAAAGUUGCAGGAACUGUAUUUAAGUUACAAUAGUUUCACGGGAACUCUGCCAAAUUUGAUAGUGAAGUUCACCAGCUUGAACGUGCUUGACCUCUCCAUGAACAACCUCAAUGGAAGCAUCCCACUGGAGAUUGGGCAUUUGGCAAGUUUAACUGACCUUGACCUUUCUGACAACCUCUUCAGUGCAAGCGUACCCUUUGAAGUUGGUGCCCUUACUAAUCUGAUGUCUUUGGAUCUAAGCAACAACAGCUUUUCUGGACCAUUACCCCCUGAAAUUGUUACCCUCGCUAAACUGACUACUUUGGACCUAAGUAUUAACUUCUUCAGUGCAAGCGUGCCUUCUGGAAUUGGUGCCCUUACUAAUCUGAUGUAUUUGGACCUAAGCAACAACAAGUUCAAUGGAAGUGUAAACACUGAAAUUGGUUCCCUUACUCAUCUCACUCGUCUGGCCCUAAGCAACAACAAGUUCAGUGGAAGUGUACCGGCUGAAAUAGGUUAUCUUAGUAAUCUGUUUUUUCUGAACCUAAGCAGCAAUAACUUUAGCGGCGUCAUCACAGAGGAACAUUUUACAGGUCUAAUAAACUUGAAGUUCAUAGACCUGUCUUUCAACAGUUUAAAGGUGAUGACGGAUUCAGAUUGGCUUCCUCCCUUCAGUUUGGAGUCUGCAUGGUUUGCAAAUUGCGAGAUGGGUCCGCUAUUUCCAUCUUGGCUUCAGUGGCAGCCAGAAAUCACCACACUUGGCAUCUCAAGCACUGCUCUAAAGGGUGACAUUCCUGAUUGGUUUUGGUCUAAAUUUUCAACAGCCACAUAUCUCGACAUCUCUAACAACCAAAUAAGUGGCAGCUUGCCAGCAGAUCUGAAGGGCAUGGCUUUUGAAAAACUCUAUCUCACUUCAAACCGGCUUACCGGACCAGUACCUUUGCUGCCGACAAAUAUCAUAGAGUUAGACAUCUCAAACAAUACCUUUUCAGGAACACUGCCAUCAGAUCUUGAAGGUCCGCGCCUCGAAAUAUUGCUUAUGUAUUCAAAUCAAAUUGUUGGCCACAUUCCAGAAUCUUUGUGCAAAUUAGGGGAGUUGCAGUAUCUGGAUAUGUCAAACAAUAUCAUCGAGGGUGAAAUUCCUCAAUGUUUUGAAAUCAAAAAAUUGCAAUUUCUUGUGCUCAGCAACAACAGUUUAUCGGGACAGUUCCCAGCAUUUUUGCAGAACAACACAGAUCUAGAGUUCUUGGAUCUGGCAUGGAAUAAGUUUUAUGGAAGAUUACCUACCUGGAUAGGAGAGUUGGAGAGUUUACGUUUUUUACUACUGAGCCACAACGCACUUUCUGAUACUAUUCCAGCCGGAAUAACUAAUCUUGGGUAUCUUCAAUGCUUGGACCUAUCAGACAACAAAUUCUCUGGUGGUAUACCUUGGCAUUUGUCAAACCUAACAUUCAUGACAAAAUUAAAAGGGGGAUUCAUGCCUAUGUUUGAUGGAGACGGAAGCACCAUCCAUUACAAGGUUUUUGUGGGUAGCGCCAUCAUGGGAUUGGGAUCGUAUUUCAGAAAAAUAGGAGCUGGUCACCUUGCAGAAAUACUGUCAGUAAUCACAAAAGGACAGCAGCUUAUGUAUGGUAGGACAAUUGCAUAUUUUGUGAGCAUCGAUUUAUCAGGCAACUCCUUAACUGGUGAAAUUCCCCCAGAUAUUACUUCCCUUGUUUUUGUAAUGAAUUUGAAUUUAUCUUCGAACCAAUUGAGUGGACAAAUUCCGAACAUGAUCGGUGCCAUGCGGUCUCUGGUAUCUCUGGAUCUCUCUAAGAACAAGCUUUCUGGUGAAAUCCCACCAAGCAUAGCAAGUGUGACAUCUUUGAGCUACUUGAACUUGUCCUACAACAAUUUGUCUGGAAGGAUACCCUCUGGUCCCCAACUUGAUAUCCUCAAUUCAGACAACCCAUCAGUUAUGUACAUUGGUAACAGUGGACUUUGUGGGCCUCCUCUUCAGAAGAAUUGUUCAGGAAAUGAUAGUCAGGUCGAGAGCAGGAAGCAAGAAUUUGAGCCGAUGACCUUUUAUUUUGGUCUUGUGCUGGGACUUGUGGCGGGGCUCUGGUUAGUGUUCUGUGCACUGUUGUUCAAGAAGACAUGGCGGAUUGCUUAUUUCCGGCUCUUCGACAAGGCGUACGACAGAAUCUAUGUCUUUGUGGUUGUCAAGUGGGCAAGCUUCACAAGGAACACGACUGCAGAAUAAGCAGUACCCAUGGUUGUGCUGCGACUGAUGACCAGGGUAAGGAAGAUCUAUGAGAAGAUGUUUUAAGCAGUAUGCCUUAUUUGUAACUCUAAAUAAAGGUGAAGAUGGUUCAUUCUUCUGAUACUGCAUGUUAGGCUUGCAUAUUGUCUAAUUUCUCUGCUGCAUGUAAUGUAAGACUUUACUAUUGUUGCGAUACAUGUAAUUCUUCUGGAUUGUAAUCAAGGGUGUGUUAUCCUAAACAAUUAAUGGGCUUUUAAAUCCCUUUGCUGCCA